AAUCUUUUGAACAGGAGAGCUGGAACUGAACGGCAGAUUGAAAACUGGAUUAGUUUCGUUUAUUAUCACGUACAGUGCGGACAUGACAAGGAACUGUUGCAGCUUUGUUAUACCGGUGUUGGGUGUUCUUCUGGUAACAGGGUACACAGCAUCGCUUCAGAAUCGAAUAGUGGUUGCCGAUUACAAUUACAAAGACUACCAGCAGGACUACCAAAAUUACCAGCCAGUUGGUAAAUAUGAUAAAACUUACAACGACUACCAGCAGGAUUAUCAAAAUUACCAGCCAGUUGCUAAAUAUGAUAAAUCGUUCAACGACUACCGGGACUACCAAAACUAUCAAAACUUUCGACCAGUUGCAAAAUUCGAUAGACCGAUCGUCGUGAAAGCCAUCGAGAAGCCGAAAAACGAACAAGAUUUUAGUAAAAUACCUGGUAUACCUGGGGUAGAUUUCCCUUUGUAUCAUACCGUGCCUCCGACAAGCUUCUCCUGUGCACACGUUCCAUUCGUGCCUGGAAUGUACGCAAACGUGGAAACUGGUUGCCAGGCAUAUCAUAUUUGUCACGAUGGUCGGGAAGGUCAUCAAGGAGCUUCGUUCCUCUGCACUAAUGGAACUCUUUUCAAUCAAAAGGAUUUUGGUUGCGAUUGGUGGUAUAAUGUGAAUUGUGCUGAGGCACCAGCUUUGUACAGAUUAAAUGAGGAUCCUCUAAAGAAUCCGUUCGUGCCAAAGGAAAAGAAAGAUUCGUAUCGAAAACUAACGAGAAUCGUCGUUGUUUAAAUUCCAUGACCGAAGCGCAAAAAGAACACUGAACCCUCCUACUGUGUUCGGAU